AUGCAAAAGAAUGCCUGCCUUUCGUGCCGUACAUCCAAGCUUCGUUGCUCGUUGGAGACGUUCGCCGAGCAUAACAAGUGUAAGCGCUGCUUCACCACCAACAACGAAUGCGUUUUCAAGACGGUUGCACCAAGGCAAAGGAGAAAGCGCACCGACACCCGCGUCACAGCUUUAGAGCAACACCUGGCAGAGCUGCAGGCCUCGAUAGACUCGCAAAGGUUGAGCAGAAAUGUUAUCGAAGCGCCGCCGCCAAUGCCUCAACACAUUAACGGUGCAUAUGCUGGUGAAACUGCAGCUCUGGUUGAAGACAGAAAGUGGUUGCCUCAAGAGCAACAAGACAAACUGGUGGAUAGUUGCCACUUGCAGUCGUCUCUAGAGAGGCUGCUUGCCUCCGACCUACUAUCAGCAGGCAAAGCUAUAGCUCUGUUCAACGACUUUGCCAGCAAUGUCCUUACCCAGUAUCCCAUCGUGGCAUUUUCCAGCCACGAAACCUUUGACUGGCUAAGAAAACGCCAACCUACAUUACUCCUCGCCGCCAUCACUGCAGCAUGCAGAGCAUCCGACCCGGGCCUCUUUCGAAAGCUUCAUUUCCAGUUACGAGGCAACCUAUCAGAGCAGGCCAUGGUCCGUGGGCACAAGUCUGUUGAGCUGGUCCGGGCCAUUCUGGUCAUGGUUGAGUGGUACGACACACCCGACGACAUGGGGCACUUGAACUUUUACACAUGGAUCCAGACUGCAGGCCUGAUGGUGCGUGAGCUGGGCCUCUGGCCGUGGAGCGAGGAGAUUUCACCCGUGGAGCAGCAUACCAUCGUUGAGUGGCGUACGUCGUUUGCUGCCUAUCUGACCAUGUCGAUUGCCGCUGUCAGCUUCCGUCGACCCAUGUCAAUCGUUUGGACUGAAAGUAUGCGGAAGGGCUUGGAUACCUUUGACAAGAACAGUGUGAAUGAUGAUGACAAACGGUUGGUUGCGUGGGUGCGACUGCAGAUGAUAGCAGAGGGGGUUGAAGCCGUGAGAAUCAAGGCAUCAUUGGCGCAGCCUGGAGCUGAUGCUGCAAGCCUUGUCGAUCAACAUACCAUCUCGUCACUAGAGAGCCGCUUUGGCAGAUGGAGAGAUGCUGCUCAGCCUGUACUGAACGGCUCACUCCGGAUGCAUUUCUUUUACUGCCGCGUCAAGUUUUACGAGCUGGCCGUCACAUGCAGUCCAACGCGGUCAGCACCACACCCAGAGACGCAGCCACCAGCCUUGGCAGCUGUUCGGGACGUGGCCUACAUCCGAGCCAUCAUGUCUCUCAUACAGUCUAGUCAUUCAGCUCUGGACACCCUGGUACUUUUUGACAUUGCAACGUAUCGCCGCUGUCCCACCGUCACCAGCAUCCGGGCUCUUUAUGCGCUGCAGGAGAUCAUCACAGUGUGGAAGUCGGUAUACCAUCAACGGGGGUAUCUGUCCGAGUUUGUGAGCGAGGAGGUGCUGGCACUCUCGUUCUACGCCAGGCAGACGGAAGAGUUCUUCAAGCAGGCAACAGGGGCAGAAGGAUUCGGCAUUCCAAAGAUGGCACUCGACGCGCUGGCCAAUGUCCUGCUCUCUCUCGGAGGCAUGAAGAGCCACAAGAGACAGCACCGGGUGCAGCAGCCGGAACUUGUUGGCCAAGAAAAGCAGCAGGGACCAGCCAGAGCGCCACGUCGGAUGGCCAAUGACCUGGACGUAAUCUUAAUUAUUGACCUGGGCAACAUCCAGGCGCCAUCUGCGGAGCAAGUCCAGGGACAAGGCCAGGUCCAGGGCCGGGAACGGGAGCAAGACCGGGACCGAGUCUGGGAUGAUGUGCGAUCGGAUACAACACUGGAGUGGCCGCCGACGUCUGCCAAUGACGGGUUCAACGUUACUCUGGGGGAUGUGCUUUUGGCACCGGAAUUGGAAGCCAUGACGGCUCCAGAUUCGGUGAUGGACUCGGGCUGGCUAUUGUCAGAGUGA